CUCAAAGUAGCAGCAGAAGCACUGUGAGGAAAGUGAACGAGAGUAGCCAAUCACAACCAGGAGCCCCGUCGCAAGAGUCAUCUCAGCUCCAGCCCCCGUCCGCUCAAGGCCAGACUUUCGGCCAGCCGCCUGUGUCUCCGGGCCUCGCAACGUUCGACGCCAACGUCGUACCCACAGCCUCCCAAGGACAGCCAUAUCGAGCUGACAAGCAAGGUCAACAAGGCUCAGAAAUGGGGCGGGCGACACCUCCACCGCGCACAUCUGCGUCCGAAAUGACGGAGGAGGAAAUUGAAAAGAUGAUAAAGGAUCAUGAUGUUUUACGUGAAAAAUAUCAAAAGGUCAAAAGAUACUUUUUCGAACAACAAACCCAGGUCCACCAACUGCAGAAUACCCUUGCAAACCAGCGUUUAUCUGUUUCGCGCACAUCGUGGGAUGACAGUGAAUAUUCAACCCGCUUCAAUCGCUUAGACGGACUAAUAGCACAACUGUCCUUUUCCAUUCGCAAGGACUGGAAGUCAAUACCACAGUGGCUGCACCCAGUAGUCAACAAGACAGCUGUGGAGACGGGCAAGCAGGAAAUGACUGCAGUCGGUCGUGCAUUCAUCUCUCAAUGGCUAGUGGAGAACAUAUUUGAUAAAUACUUUCAUCCGGAUCUUGAGCCAGCGUUUUCGACACAACUACAGUCGAUUGUGUCGAAUAUCCGGAAGUUCUCGCCCCCUUGCCAUAGUCCAGAAGAUGAAGAGUCACUUGCUGCGAAGAUUGUCAGCUGGCGGCUUGCUACACUAGAAGGCCUUGCGGAUAGUCUGAAAGCACCACAAGCGACUACGUAUCGAGAGAAACUGACCGAAACGCUCAACGAAAAACUGAUCGCAUCUCUCCAGAUUCAUCUGAAUGACCCCGCGCCUCCGGAUCUGAAUGGAGGUGUUCCAAUGAUCAUUGAGCUUGCUAUCAGUAUUGCCCAACAUUUGCCAUUAGAAAGCCGAGAAGUGCAGAUUGAGUACUUUCCACCGGGUCAUGGCAUUGUGAGCGACUUGAUGAAGCUGGAAUCCGGCAUACCCGCCUUAACAGCUCCCAUAGUCGAGCUGGAUGAUGCUGACAGAAUUUCCAUCAGAAGCAUGGCAUCGAAGCCAGAUGAUGGCGUCUCCGUCGCAGAGCAAGAUCAAAUUCAACCGCAAGUUGGUCAGACUUCAAAAGAGGACAAGAAACGCAGCAUGUUUGGUUUCGCCACGUCCAAGAAGGCAGGAGUCACUCCUGCUUCCCUAGGCAAGCGGGAAUCUUCUCUUGGUCAAGGAGGUAGCCAGCAGAGUCUGACACAAAACGCACCAGGCAGCUCGACUGGUACGAAAGACGAGUCUGCACCACCCCGCGUACGCUUGGCUGUCGGACUCGCAGUGCAGAUUCGCGGCAAAACAGUCUUGACCAAGGCUCCUGUGUACAGCACAUGAGCUUUCUUGAGGUUUUUACGAUGAAGAUGAAGGUUGAUGUAUGUUUCGAAUUUAGUGAUUUGGCAAGCAAGCGUUUGGGCAUUUUCUUCACCAUUUCUUCAUAUACAAGUUUUUUUUUGCACGGCCAUGCUUUCAUACUGGAUAUGCUUUCUCUCGAAGACUGUAUUCAGUACGUUUCAUGCCUGUCCAUAUACCUUUUUUGUUGUAUUUUGAUGUGCAUACAAACACCCCCCACUGUUGGUGCGUUUGGGUGUGGUAGAAAUCAAGUCUUUGGACCUGCGAAACACAGUGUCCUUGGCU